CUCUCCUCUUCCUGUCUGUCCGAAGACUUCUAAAACGCUACAUAAAAUCCAUCUUUUUUUAUUUUUUAUUUUUUAUUUUUUUUUCUUGAACCAUCAGCUGUUCUGCGCCCGUUGCCUUUAGCCUGUGCAACAGACACGGACCAUCCGCCCAGGCCAUCAAACACCAUGGUACUGUCCGACGCAUUAUCUUCUGCAUUUUAUUACUGUUCCCAAUGUCAUAUUCAACUGCAGCAACGAUACAAAGAUGCUAGAGCUCGAUCACGGCUUCGUUCACAGUUGCAAUCGCGGUCUCGAGAGUGUUAUUCGCUUCCGUUUCUCGCUACUGCAGUGCUCCUGCUCAGUACACUCACUACCAACAUUACCCAAGCACAGACCUCGUCGCCUUUAAUAUACACACCUCGUCACAGUGCAGGAUCAAGCAUUGCCAACAAUACGCUCUUUAUUAUCUCAGGGACUGCUUCGGUCUCGCCACCCUAUUCUGCAACAACAGACACACUAGCUAUUUCUCUUAAUAAGCCUUUCAACACUGGAUCCAUUCCAUGGCGAAGAUUACAAGGAGGCUACUCUGUCCAUGACGCUCGUGUAGCAGCAACUGUGGAUGAGAAGCACUUGGUUCUAGCUGGUGUGAGAGAUCAAGGAGCACAGAUAGUCACCGUAUAUACCUUAGAGUCCAACACUUGGACGACCUUGCCGCCCACUGCCCUCAUAAACGCGUCGCCACAGGCGCCUAGGACCUCUGUAGGGAUCGCAACAGAUAAGGAGACUGGACUGAUGGUAUUAUACGGUGGCACAUCCACCACUGCAGGCACUUCUCCUGCAUCGAAUUCGUAUUCACUCUCGUUUGAGUUUGACUUUCUGGAUACGCGACCAAUACUGGAAAAGUGGAGUUGGUCAGCAGUAGUUGACAGCAAUGUAUCGCCGCCUGGACUUCAUCAACCCAUUACAUUGUAUUUGCCAACACAUCGCGCAACACUGAUUAUGGGCGGAUGCAAUGGCAUCAACUUAAACAAUGGCAAUAUCACACAGUGUGCAAGUUUCACGUCGGGAUAUCUAGUCAACUCAAAAUUAUUGGCCGAUACGAAGGGGACUUCUGCGCCUGUAUCGCAGGUGAGCAUGAGGGGCUUUGAUAUACCGCUACCACGACUCUCGCCGUGUGCUGCAGUGCUGGCCAAUGGCGAUGUAUUCAUGUAUGGUGGCACGACGGUUAAUGGGAGUCUUGGUGAUGUGUGGGUUUUGAACACCAAUUCUUGGAUGUGGACAUCUAAAAAUAUCGUAAACAUGCCAUUUGCCGGUCGCGCUGGAGCAACAUGUCAGCUCGCUGCAGCGGACCAAUUGAUUGUAGUUGGAGGCUUUGACGGCGCAUUGACAGGACCUAGACAGUUUUCGUUGCCUCAAGUUGCGAUUAUUAAUACAACAUCAUGGGAAUGGAUAUCCACUUUCACUCCGCCAUUGACUAUAACGACAACUCCGCCAAAAGGACUUGCAGUGGCGGUCAUCAUUGGAAUUACUGCGGGAAGCUGCUUUCUGAUAGCUGUAUUUUGCGCUGGGGUGGGUUAUUUGAUCCUGCGACGGCGUGAAAAAAGAUUCAAAUCGCACAAGGAGAUAUUUAAGGCUGUACGAGCGUCAAAGUCCCAGGAACCACUUAUGAGCUCGGACACUUCCCCAGCAGGAUCAGAGCCAUCAUCGACGCCCAUGAUACCAUUCAGAAUUACCUAUCAUCCCAAUCAGAGCAACUCUGAGUCCAUAUCCCAGGUAUCAUUGCGAUCUAAGGAAAGACAGCCAUUUUUGAUUAUUCCUUUUGCGCCUGAUAAUGCAUCGACAUCCACUAUAAAUUUAAGUACCACCGAUACAGCGGAUAUGUCCAGCACUAUUGGAAAUAAUACCAUUAUGAUGUCUGCUAAACAGAAAAACGACGAAGGGAUAGGGGCAAGCAAUGACCUAUAUUCAAAAGGAUACCAGCUUCCGCAAACAUUAGCCGACAUCCAGCAUGUACAGUAUGUCAAAACCCUUCAGCACCAGAAGCAAUACGAGAGGCGAAUGCGAGAAAUGGGGCAACGACAAGCACAGGGAUCGCAUCAUCGGCUGCAUCGACAAGGGACGCAUCAUACUAUUCUUAGGCAAGGUGAAAAUGAUGAUAAUAAUGAUGGUGUGGAUUUGGCAACUAGUGUGAUUCAGCUAAAGGAGAUUGAUGUCGGUGAGGAGCCCAUGAUGGGAUCAUGGAACAAUAUAGAAGACGAUACAAUGUUGCUUUCGUCACAUCUUGACACUUCUAAGCUCAAUAUCAAUCCCUUUUAA